AUGACGUCCAUCGAAAUAGAAGCUGCUGACGUUGUUCGACUUAUCGAACAAUAUCUGAAGGAGAAUAACCUAUCAAGAACAUUGGCUGUUCUGCAGGAAGAAACUAAUAUCACAUUAAACACUGUGGAAAGCAUUGAUGCCUUCUGUCAUGAAAUCACCAGCGGUCAUUGGGAUACUGUUCUCAAAAUCAUCCAACCGUUGAAGCUUCCUGCAAAGAAAUUGAUCGAUCUCUAUGAGCAGAUUGUAAUUGAGUUAGUAGAACUACGUGAACUGGCUACUGCUCGAUUGAUAGCUCGACAAACAGAUCCCAUGCAGUUAUUGAAACAGAUCGAUGUCGAGAGAUACACGAAAGUUGAGAAUCUCAUCAGCAGACCAUACUUUGAUCCUGCAGAAGUCUAUGGAGAUGUCAGUAAAGAUAAACGACGAGCUACUAUCGCUACAUCCCUCUCCAGCGAAGUCAAUGUAGUUGCUCCUUCUCGUUUACUGGCUUUGCUAUCACAAGCCCUCAAAUGGCAACUCCACCAAGGUCUUCUUCCACCAGGAACUCAAAUCGAUCUCUUCCGUGGUAAAGCUGCUAUGAAAGAACAGGAAGAUGAACGAUAUCCAACUCAGUUAGCUCGCCAUAUCAAAUUCGGUGCAAAUAGUUAUCCUUUGUCGUCUGUUUUCUCACCUGAUGGACAGUUCCUUGUUACCGGGUCCAAAGAUGGUUUCAUAGAGGUCUGGAACUACAUGAAUGGAAAACUGAGAAAGGAUUUGAAAUAUCAAGCUCAAGACACUCUGAUGAUGAUGGAUUCCGCUGUUUUAUGUUUGUUCUUCAGUCGUGAUUCUGAGAUGCUUGCUUCUGGGGAUAAUGAUGGCCGAAUUAAAGUAUGGAAAAUUCAAACUGGUGACUGUUUAAGACGAUUUGAUCAUGCUCAUACUAAAAGUGUAACCGCUGUACGAUUCUCUAAAGACAACUCUCAUGUGUUAUCUUGUGGAAAUGAUCAUGUUAUCAAAGUUCAUGGAUUGAAAUCUGGUAAAUGCCUGAAGGAGUUCCGUGGACAUACUUCGUUUGUCACUGAUGUUCGCUAUUCUGAAGAAGGAAAUCAAGUGGUAUCCUGUUCGGCUGAUGGUACUAUUCGGGUGUGGAACACGAAAACCACCGAUUGUGUUACAACUUUUAGAAUAGCAGGAGAUACUCCUAUCCUUUCUAUCCAUCCUGUCCCAAAAACUGAUCAAUUUGUUGUUUGUAACCGCUCGAACACACUCUACGUUGUAAAUAUUCAAGGACAGGUUGUACGCUUGAUGACAUCAGGAAAACGUGAAAAAGGAGAGUUUGCUGCUUGUGUACUCUCCCCCAGAGCUGAAUGGGUGUACGCAGCUGGAGAAGACGGAGUUCUUUACUGUUUCCCAAUGUUAUCCGGAAGUUUAGAGAGUACUCUUCCGGUUGCUGAGCGUUCUGUACUAGGCAUAACUCACCAUCCUCAUCAAAAUCUCAUAGCCACAUACACUGACGAUUCAUUUUUGCGUCUAUGGAAGGAUUAA